UGAUAAAUGUGCGGAAAUUCUUACAGAACUACUUGGGCAAAACACGAUGGAAGACUUCCUCGGCUAUGCUUUGCUUCACGGGAUGAACGCUGCAGGGAAAUUGUCGGCAAGAAACUCAAAGUUAUGCUCGUUGUCAGUAUGAGCGCCGCAAAUUGAGUGUCGUGAUACAUAAUGUUGGAAAAGAAUGGAAAAGUGAAUACUGGAGCAUAUACUAGCCCCCUGGUGUGAUUCCCCUGGGGAAGGAAAGGAUACGAUGGGAACCCUAGACACUUGCUAGACAAAACACACGCACGAACAUGCUUGAACUGGCGGCACAAUUGGGAACAAGCCUAAGAAGUGUCAGCCUUGGCGGGGCGUCAUCGGGCGCGUUGCUGCGGAGCGGCGAGCCUUAUGAGUGCGCGCCGUUUGCCUCGGGGGGAUAUGUGGACGCCUGGUAGGGGUAGAAGCGCCCGCGGGCCUAUCUUCAAGCGGAAGGCAUAAGCAGGCACAUGCCACGCCGUGGGAAUUUUUUCGCUGGGGACUGAGGCACUCAGCGGCCACGCCGGUCCGCGGGGGUUCAGAGGUUUAGGGCUAGGGCAUUGCCCGCGGGGCGCGGCGCUGCAAGCAAGUGACGCGACUGCACGCAAGCAAGCGGCGCGCCGGCAUGAGGCCGCAGCCUCGCACCAUCGGGCAGCGCGAGCCCAGGGCCUCGGGGAGAGGAGAGCGCGGCGCCAAAGCGGAGGCCUCAACUUUCGAAACUCACGCCUGGAACUGCGCACGCCCAGGGUUUGGGGGGAGAGGAGAGCGGGGCACAGCAAGUGCGUAGACGCUUUAACUUUCAAAGAGUUCUUGGCUUAACUUUCAAAGUUCAUGGCUUCACCUUCAAAGUUCACGCCUUAACAAACUUUCAAAAUGCAUGGCUUAACUUUCAAGAUUUGGCCAUGCUUGCCUUAACUUCCAGGGUUCAUGUCCUAACUUUCAAAAUUCACGCCCUAAGCAACUUUCAAGAUUCAUGCCCCGAAAAACUUCCCAAGCUCUUUCCUUUCGUGUCUUAACUUUCAAAAUAAAUUCAUACCCUGGGUAACUUUCGGAAUUCAUGUCUUGACUUUGUUCAAAAUUCACGCAGCUCUAACUUUUUUCAAAAUUCAUGUCCUAAAUUUCGCAACCCAUUUCUUAGACUUAAGUUUCAAAAUUCAUGUCCGAACUUUCGCAAUUAUUCGGCAUGUCCUAACUUUUUUUCUUACAAAAUUCGUGCCCUAGCUAAACUUUCAGAAUUCGCGUACUAACUUUCAGUUUCAAAAUUCAGUCAUGGCCUAACUCCACAGCUCAUGCCCUAACUUUCGCAAUUCAUGCCCUAACUUUCGCAAUUCAUGCCCUAACUUUCGCAAUUCAUGCCCUAACUUUCGCAAUUCAUGCCCUAACUUUCGCAAUUCGUGCCCUAACUUUCACAGUUCGCGUUCAAAAUCAAAACUCAAAAGCAAGACUCAAAAUCAAGACCCAAAAUCAAGACUCAAAAUCAAGACUCAAAAUCAAGACGCAAAACUCAAAAUCAAAAUUCAAAACCAAAACUCAAAACCAAAACCCAAAGCUCAAAACUCAAAUCUCAAAUUCAACCCUUAAAUUUAAAACCAAAAGUCAAAAUUUAAAACCAAAAGUCAAAAUUUAAAACCAAAAGUCAAAAUUUAAUACCAAAAGUCAAAAUUUAAAACCAAAAUUCAAAAUCUAAAAUCAAAAUUCAAAAUUAAACGAUCAAAACCAAGGCAAAACUUUUCAAGUAAAGAGAUUUUACCUAUCAUCGAGAUCCAAAUCCACUAGUACAAAGGAGAAUACAAACACACGCCCGCGGGUUUUUUACGUCGACAUUGGCAGAUGGCUAUUGACUACUCUAACAAAAGGAGGAAAAACCAAGGAUCCAAAGCCGGACGUUCCAAAAUUUUUCGAUUAUUACUACUGUCACGCAGCGUGGAUGCUCGGAGGGAAGCCAUUUCACCGAAGAGAACAGCAGGGAACAGCCGGAGGAAAACGUACCAGAUUAAAUUUAAAGCGCGAUAUGGUAAUGAUUAGAAUUAGAUUUGAGUUUUUUUAUGCUUUAUCGUGUUAGUGUCUCCUGUUUUAGUUUCUCGUUGUCAUCGUGUACUACGCACUUUCAUCUCGCUAACGAACAGGAACGUCGUCCACUGGAGGCAGGUUUUUUGAAGCUCAGAUGAUAAAGUUCCGGUCUUACGGAGAAAAGGUGUGGGAUAUCGACUGCAAUAGAGCACACACACUAAUCUGGCAAUAUUGGAAAGAUCAGACGACCAUACCUCGGAAUGGCCUGUCGAGUUAUGAAGUUCUAGAUUUGUUCAUCUUCAAGUCUUGUUCUUCAUAAUCUUCAGCAGGGAAGUGAUAGACGUGAUAGAAGAAAUUUGAAUGAUGGCUGCAGCAUAAUAGAUUGUGAUGAUUUUUAGUGGAGUCUGUUUUAGUUUUAGGACAGAGCAGUAUAAUUGUAAGUACUUCUACGUCCUAUUGAUUCCUUCUAAGCAACGCAAGACCGAUACCUGUUAUCCAAGGAUCUGCAGCAGCACCAAGGAGGACAAUCUCGAGGAGAGCGAAUAUCCAAAGACAUGGUUGAUAGAGUAAAGAAGAUCUGUCAAGACCCGAACGAACCAGAUACUAGUGAUGAAGAUAUUGAUGUCGGGGCGGAUGGGCAUCUAUCAAUUAUACCGAAGAGAGGACAGAUGGAAGACGAGGAAGAUGAAGAGGAGCUUGAAAGAAAACGCAUGCGUGAAGAAACAAGGGCAGAGGACCAGGCAAGAGCGAUAGCACUUCUCUGCGAGCUAGAUUCCCACGAAUUUUUCAAUGGCUUUUUGUCUCGUUACCUGCAACAGCUCUUGUUCAGUUUGCGAUCAUUUAAAGGAGUCGCGAGCGAAUUACUCGCUGUGGAGACAGCGACCACUUCGACAAAGCCACAAAUUAGAGGAGAUAGAUCUACAUUUACAUCAACCCGUCAACUUCACAAUGUCAUUGCAACUAUCGAAGGAAUCCCGCCGCUUGCUACCAUGCUGGAGCACUCGCGCAGGGAGUACGCGCAACGAAUAAGAAACGGUGCCAGUCCUGUUGUUGCAGUAAGCAUGUUGAAUCCCGGUGCAGCUGUAGGCGGGUUCUUCAUUUCGCCGGACUUAGCAGCUGCUUCAGGGACUACUUUCGUGCAUGCCCAGCAAAAUACUCACCCAAUGCAGCCAAUCAACAUGCACGGAAGUCGAAACUUUGUAUCCUUACCACCUUGUUCAUCGGAGCUGCAAUCUCCUUCAAUAAAUGCACUGGUUGCAGCCAAUCCAUCCUCCACAAGCGCUUUCGCAGCUCCAGGGCAUCCUCUUCUUCAUCUUCAGCCACAACAACAUUUAAUGCCGCAUCAGAGUGUUCAAGGUCACAUCCGCACCUCAAUAGGAGAAAUGCCCUCGCCAGCAUUGGUAGCUCAGCAUCCUGCUUCACUUCUCGCAGGAAGUAGUGGAAUGUUCAUAAAUGAUCCAAACGCGCGAAGACGACGAGCUGAAGUACGGAAAUCUGCGAGAAGCUCUACUGGGUCGAAUCCGAAUGUCGUUCACAAGACAGCCCAGAUGUUCAGUCCACCAGCAGAGCAGAGAGUUGGUUUAUGAUGAAUUUCUAAGUUGAAUAAGAUUUUGGUUUUGCAAAGAGUGAAAAGGUGUAUCUAUGUGAUUUCAAUUCGUUACUCGUGAUAGCACGACAAGUGACUCACUCUAACACUCCGCUCAACAAACGUCGUAGCACCUCCUGUUCCCAAAGCCAGGGGCAGACCGAAGGCAAAGGCAGCGCACGCUAAAAAACGGCCGAGUGGAAAGGGCAAGUCAAAGGGCUCAGGCGUGAGAAAGAGCACCGCGCCAAAGUAUAAGGGCCAAAACGGGAUGAAGAGGAAAAAGAACAAAAAGUCUUCACUAGUAGACGAUGAAGAUAGUGAAGAUUCUGAUAUUGUACUUCUUGGAGAUGAGGCGGUUGAGGAACACGACGACGAUGUUUACAUGCCCCGGACAUCAAAGCGCCAGCAGCAGCAACAGCCUCAGCCACAUCUUCUUGCGGCGCAGCGCAGGACUCGUACUUCUCGGAUGAUAGGUCAACCCCAAGUAGCGCAACAACUUCAACAGCCAGAGCUUCUAAGUUUGCAAAUGACCAAUCUUCAGAUGCAGCAGCACGGUUUAGAUGCGCAAGCUUCACCAAUCAUCACUCCUGGUGGGGGAUCGGUUGCAUCAAACAUAGGAGGCAUGGCAGCUUCGUUUCAACAAUUGGGUGAUCCUAUGACACGACGUACGUCAUCGAGAAGUGGCGCUAGUAGUGGAAAUCCUUUUUCUCACAACAGUAGUGGCGUUGUGGAUGACGAUGACCAUAUCCGGAGUAACUUGUCGGGAAGCUCCAGCAGCGAUUACCAACUGCCGGAUUUAGCCACUCCGUCGCUUGCGCAAGGAACACCUCGGAUUACGAGUCUUACAAGUGCCCUUAAUGGUGUUGUUGGUGGUGUCUCGUCUCGAGCUCUCUUCCAUCAGUUGCCGGGUCAACAACAUCUUCAAAUGAUGGCGGGUCAACAACAACAUGCUCUACAUAAUCAUGCUGGUGGUUAUCAUCAACAACAACAGCAUCAUCUUACAAGAGUCCGCAGUGUUGGUCCACAUACUGUUCAGCUUCAACAACAACAAGUUAUCCCUCAUCCAGUGCAACAAAUACAACAAGUAGGACAAGGAGGAAUAUCAUCAAGCAGUCAUGGUCUUGGUCUUCCACAACAUGUGAGAACACCACCUGCUUCCUCUCUAUUUGCCUUGCAAUCACGCGCAUCGGCUUCGGCUUUAACUUCGCGUCAGCGAGGUAUGCAGAAGUCCAUAGCUGAACAAGAUGCGGGAGGGAUAAGUCGCAUUACGUCUCCGAGAUUUGACCCUGCUCAUCCACCAGACGGCAAAAAGAAUAGGGCUGCAACUGGUAGCACAAACCCAAAACAAUUCCUCCAGGCAGGUGUCGGAAAAGGAGCAGUAGGGUCGACUGCGAACAGCCUAAAUAGUACUGAGGGACUAUCCGGAGGUGGAGGAGAAGGCAAAAGAGGUAUUCAGCCUCAGACGAGCAAUGGAACCAAUGGUAGUACAGCAGGUACUAAAAAGGGCGCCGCGGCGUCUACUGCGAGUGCAACAGCUGUAAGAUCUGCUAGCGUUACAGCAACUAGUACUAGUAAUCAUGUGGAAGUGAAUGGCGGAGGCGCGUCAUCAGCAUCCUCCUCCAAUACGAAGACCACUAUGUCCGCAGGAUUAGUGCCCGCCCAUAUGGCGCCUCUGACACCACCUGCCCUCAAUCUAACUCGAAGUAGGGCAGCAAGUGGUGGUGUUGCAGAGGGAGGCGCUAACCCCGCGGGAGGAGCGAGACGACCCCAACGCUCGGCGUUCGAUAAAACAUCGAGUAUUUUUGAUGCAAAAGCUCAGAAAAAUUUGCAACAUUGGCAAAGACGCACGUAGCGACGCUUUGACGCUAAAGUCGCUGUAUAUAUUUAUAAGUGACUCUCUCUUUGUUGAAUCACGAUUCAAUCCUACGGAGCAGAAUUAGAUUUACAUUUAGAAUUAAGAGACGGACCACUAGUACAACGUUGAAUGUUUUUUUUAGAUUUUUUGCAAUUCGUCUUAAAGAGCAUGAACUUCGGAAGGUUCCACGUCGAUUUCUCCAGUUUUUUGCAGUUUUAAGGUUAAGUCCGAUACAGGUCAAUCCAUUAACUUCGAACAUGUGACUCUGAUUCAAUGAAUUCAUAGCGGUGGAGAUGAAAAGACUCAGAUUAGCCGUUGCCCGUUGAUUGAGUGUGCAGACUCUUGCGCAUUAAGAAGUUCAUUUAGGUUUUUUUCACUCUUGGUUUCUGUUCCUCAACGUAAAUAUACGAUCAUGAUUCAAACUCUGUCGUCAUGAGCUCGAUUAUGGAUGGUGUUUAAUCCAGACUUCGGACGAGCGACUACUCUAUACCGUGACCUUCAGUGGCAAUGUAUGUUGCAAAUCAACGAUUGAUACGAGUUUGUAUUUACGAAGUGAGAAUUUCUUCAGGGACUAGACAUGUUGAGAGUUCUAC